AAGAAGAAGAAGAACCAAAGAAGAAGAAGAAAAAGAAGAAAAGGAGAAAUGGGUAUUUUAAAACUAUGUAUUUUCUCCUUAAUCUUGCUGAAAUUUCAUUACAUUUCAGCUGAAUUUUUCAAAAGAGAUGUAAUGGAAGUGGAAAAAGGACCGGAAGAUGUAGCUUGGGUGGUUCAGUUAUCUGAUCUCCAUUUCAGUGUUCAUCAUCCUGAACGUGCUCUUAGCUUCGAAAAAAUUGUGGGUCCUGUUCUUUCUAUGAUCAAUCCUUCAUUGGUCUUCAUUACUGGUGAUCUUACUGAUGGAAAGAGCAAGGAUUUACUAACAAUGAAGCAAGAUGAAGAGGAGUGGUUGGAAUACCAGAAAGUCCUGGACAAUGUCAUUAAAAAGAGUGGACUGAAGAAAAAUGUGUUUUAUGAUCUCCGAGGAAAUCAUGAUAUUUUUGGUGUACCAGCCAUUGGUGGUUCAUUUGAUUUUUACUCGAAGUAUAGCAUUAAUGGGCAGCUAAAACGAAGUGGACUGGUCAAUAGUGUCACUAUUCAGACUGGUGAACGCAGUAUUCAGUUCGUCGGGUUUGACAGCAUUACGUCUUUAGGUCUGCGGGGCCCAACCAAUCUAUUUGGUCAUCCCACUGAUCAACUAUUAGAUGAAAUAAGCUCUGAGCUCUCAGUACUAGAUUCUCAACCCGCCAAACCUGUUAUCAAGAUUGCUUAUGGGCAUUUCCCACUUUCAUUUUCUGCAGCAUCACAAUCUGGAAGAACCCUGAAAGAGACAUUUCUGACACAUAAUUUGUCAGCUUACUUAUGUGGGCAUUUGCAUACAAAGUUUGGUAAGAAUUUAAAGAGGCAUCAUGAGUCAAAUCAACAUCCAUUGUACUCUAAACAUCUUCUCCAGUUGAAUGGACAUGGAUCACUUCCAAAUAAUUCAAAAACUUGUUCAGAUGAGGCUACUGAAUUUAAAGAGUUCUGGGAGUGGGAAAUGGGCGACUGGAGGAAAAGUAGAGCAAUGCGCAUAUUGUCCAUUGAUAGAGGAUGGAUGUCUUUUGUUGAUGUUGACUUCAAGUUGGGAGCUAAGAAUGUUAUUAUAUUGCCAACUUUUCCUCUGGACUCUCGCUUUACUUUGGAGAGAUCAUUUCACAAGUGCAAGAUGGAGUCCUUGAACUUAAACAGCAUCAGGGCUCUUGUAUUUUCUUCUUCUCCUGUUGUGUCAGUUGUGGCUAGGAUAUAUGAUUCAAGGCCUGGAAAUCUCAUUACAGUGCUGGAGACUCCUAUGAAAAGAAAUGAGGAUUCUACAUCUAGGGGGAACCUUUACAUAUGUCCAUGGAACUUUAAUGCCUUUGAAGAUCCAUCUCCUGAUAGAUUUUUGUUGCAAAUAGAAGCAGUUGAUAUCGAAGGCAGAUCAACUUUGACUGAACUAAGGCCAUUUUCUGUUGGCGGUCUUCGUGCCAGGCUUUCAUGGAAUUGGAAAGAGUUUAUGGUUAUGGGUUGUCAGUGGGAGGCUUUAUAUUUCCCAAUAUUAUGGUUAUUCUAUUUGUUAACUCUUCCCAUCCUCGUCUUUCCAAAAGCUAUCUUCGUAUUUCUUAGGAAACAGUAUACUUACAAGAGCUUAGUUGGAAACAGAAAACUGGUAACUUGUGUGGCAUGGAUUCUAUCAGAGCUAUACAAUCUUCCUCUUGUAUGGUUCUCAAUAAUUGUUUAUUUGUUUUACCUCAUAUUAUGUCCUUGGCUUUCUGGCCAAGUUUUCACCGAAGGAGGAGAAAGGGGAUACAUGACCUACAGGGGUUGGGUGCUGAGAUUCAAUGAAAGGGAAAAGCUAGACUUUCAUGGAUUUCCAGAUAUAAUGGUGGUAGUUCUUCCUCAUCUUUACUUUGUAGUGUUGCCUACAAUAAUUGUGAUUGGAGCAUUAGUGGCUGAGAGGGCAGUAUUCCAAGAUCAUCUUCGAGCUCUUUCUGCAAAAAAGGAAGAUGAUUAUUUGGUGAAGAAUAAUGUAUCUGCACCGACUAGUGGAAGAAAUAAGACUCUGACACUCCUCCAUAGGCGGUGGAUUAGGAAAAUGCUCCUGUUAAUUUCUUUGGCGAUUUGUUGGAAGCAUUUCUUGAACUGCAGAGCUCUUAUCAAAGCUUAUGUGAUGAACCCAUUUCUCCAUUUCCCUGUCUAUAGCAUGUCAAUUCCUCUCCUGUUAACUUAUACUAUCUACAAAACUAGCAGAGCUGAGUAGAAUUUUCGGAGGUGAACUACAUGUAGAGCUACAAGUUCAAUACAUCAGACUAAAACGUACACCGGCUUAUUAGUAAAAAGGCAUCAAUGCUGCUGCUUAACCGGCAGUUAUAGAUCGUAUUUAGCAUCUCAUGA